UUCAGAUUCCUUGAUCACUGUGUGGUGAUAAUGAACAUAUUUCACGGUGUGUGUCAAAAACCGAGGAAGAAACUACACUCUAGUUCCCUCGCAUUAUACACUUCCACCCAGGAAGAUCUGCAACAGUGUGAGUUAAGAAAUAGUUGACGGCCCCAAGUGAGAAUCCAGUGACAGAUGAUGGACUCCGAGGUGUCUGUGCUGCUGAACUGUGCAGCCUGGAGGGGCCUGCUGGAGCCUCAAGUACAAGUGGAACUGUCUGAAAGAUUCAACAGGCAGACGGAACCGGCUCUGGAGUGUCAAAUAGAGGAGGUGUGGGCAGAGCGGGUGUCCAAGGAGCCGUGGCUUUUCAACGGGUCCAAAUUCAGGCUACACUCUUUCUGCUUGGCCUCUCCAUGCUCUGCUCCUCCUCAACACCCACCCUGCACUCAUUCACCCCAUGUCUUAAACCAUGCAGAGGAUCAGGAAGGGGAAAUACACAGCAGACUAACAAUGGAGGAUAAUUUGUGUACCAGCAAUUCUCUGCAUGACACUACUCAGAACAGUUUGCACAAAGGAAACGGACCUGUGAAUCAGGCAGGAAAUGGAGAUGGAGUUAUCAAUCAGACAGCCGGUGCACUGUCACAAGCUUCCUCCUCUUGUGACUGCAGAGAGUCUGAAGGCAUCGCAGCUGAACUUCCUUCUCAUUUUGACAAAAACACAGAUGAUCAAGAGACCAGGACGCUUCUCACUCUGAGACUAGGCCUGACAUGCUAUAAGGACUAUCUUGGAACCAACUGGUCCCUUCGAGUGGCAGAGCUACGUCGGCUGGGAGAGGCGGAGUUCGGUGAUCCUCUGGCGCUGCUGGCUCAGCCUCUGGGUGUGGGCGCCGUCCUGUGUACAGCAGACGGUCAGGUGGUGUUGAUCAGGAGGAGCCAGAGAGUGGCAGAGGCAGGGGGGCUCCUGGACAUCCCCGGAGGUCACCCAGAGCCCAAGGUGGUGUGUGAGCGUCUGGGCCAGGCAGUGUGUGAGGAGCAGAUCAGUGUGGACAUGAUGCAGCAGAGGCCCGUUGUCUCAGAGCUGUUCUCGUCUGUGUGCGCCGAGAUCAGAGACGAAGUGAAUGUUCCUCUGAGCUCCCUCGGACAGCCUGUCCUGAUGGGCGUUGCUCUGAAUCACACCAGCGCCGGCAGACCAAGUGCUGAGUUCUACGUCAGCUGCUCUUUGACAUCUGAUGAAGUCAGGAAGCUGUACUGGAAAGGAGGAGCAGAGGCCCAUGAGUCCACAGAUAUCGUGUUCCUCAGCAGAACAGAGAUGUUGCAGCUGGACAGAAGCAGCUCUCUGUGGUCGGAGCUGUGUCCCUCAGCUAAAGGAGCCGUACUGCUUUAUCAGACAGUGAAGCCCAAGCAGAUGACGUGACACACGUCAGAAAAUGAGGAUCCCCAUGAUCAAAUGUUUAAUACAUAAAGAGAAACAUUUUAUUUGGGUUCAGGGAUUUGUUACUCUGUGACUUUGAGCACUCCGACCAAAAAAUGUGCUAAAUGCUGUAUUUUUUCACACUGUACUGUAAAAACAUGCCAAUUUUUAAAAAAUACUUUCAAUAAAAAUCCUAAAAAGUGA